AUUAUAAUAAUAAAUAUAUUCAUUAUUGGUCCUAUUGCCAUGCAACAAUAACUUAGUGCCUUACAUUAGCUUAUUUAACCACAUUCUCGUUGCCUUCCACAAUAAUAUUGAAGAAAUUUGUGUCUCCAUUUUUUAUUUUUUAGGAACCUUUUAUUGUGUAAAUUGACCAUUUAGCAACUUUCAAAGACUAGCUUCAAUAGGCAGAUUAAGACUGGCAGACUAGACACUAUGAGAAAUACUGCAACAAAUCAAGGGAAAUCAGGAAAAGUUCCUCCAGAUUCAUCGGUGCAUGAACUUAAAUUCUUUGGGUGAUCCUAAUCUUCCUAAGGAGGAUUGGCUGACAAAAACGGAAGCUAUAAACUUUGCAAAGCCUGGAUGGAUAAGUACUAUAUCUGGCCAAAGUAUGGUUCCUUUGACUUCAAGAUCUUAAAAGAUUUAAAGUUAGCCAUUAAAAACAAAGAUUACAAAGACUUCAUAGAUUAUAAAUACUGGCUCUUGUGGGCAUAUCAUGUUAAUAAAUCAACCAUGUCCUCCAUUGAGGAAACAAUUCUUUCUUUGGAACCAGACCAUUCUUGCUUAACUCCUUCAGUUUCUCCUGAAAUUUUGAUUAGGUCUAGCAAGAAACAACCUGUCAUUCCACGUGGACUGUGAGAAAGUUUCUCCUCAUACCAACCCAAAACAGUACUUGAACCCUUUGGCUGCUCCCUCUGUCAGUCUUUGCUCAUCCCCCACUCCUCCCACCUCUUUUCCUCCCAAUCUACCUCUCUACCUUCACUUAACAUAUGACUCAAUCCCACUACCCUUACCCUGGAGAGUUUCCUCCUCCUCACUACCCAGUCCCCACCCAUCUUCCCUAUCCCUACCCAAACCAUUCCUAUCCUUGUUAUCUUGACCAUCCUUUUCCCUACCCUCCUUCCCCUGACUGACUCCAUCUGCCUUACUAUGAAUCCUCCUCUCUACCCCAUCCAUCCAACUAUAUUUCCAUUUCUAUGCCUCAGCCCCACCCCUGCUCAGUCUAUUCUUGGUCCUCCUCUACUCCUUCCUCUCCAGCCCACUCCAAUCAUUCCUCCCUUUUUCCUCUCCUCCCAAUCCCCAACUUCAAUCACCUCCCCUUCCACAGCCACACCCCUAUUCCUUUCUACUUAGCCCCAGUCCCACUCCCCACCUCUCCACCAUGCCCCCACCCCACCCCUUUCACUCUGCCUCCCCAUCUCCUGACUGACCCUUCCCUAUUUGUUCACCCACUCUUCCCCCUUCUCCUACCCACUCCAUUACAACUUAAUCCACACUACAACACACUCCAUUGCAACUCAGUCCACAAGUCAAGCAGCAGUUAUCACAGACAAUUCAAAUAGAGGCCUAUUCUCUCUUGGGUAUGGUCACAUUCAUAAUAAGUAGGAGACCUUGGUGAACAUUGUCAGUCAUACACCUUUAUUACCACAAGACAUUCAGACCUCUAAGGAAAAGACACCUUCAUUUGAAGAUGAGUCCAUUGUAGUCACAACUAAUUUUGAAAGUAUUUACUCCUCUUAUAACCCCAUAGUCCUGCUAACAGAAACCCCUGCUGGAAAGAGUAUCACAGAUGCAGAAAUCAUUAAUGAAGGAUUUUCUGCUCUCCAACUAUCUGAAACUUCAUCUGUGAUUCAUUGCUCUGCCCAUAUAGAUGGAUCUGAUCCUAUCUCUAGAGGGAGCAACCAGGCAGAUAUUGCAGUCAAGAUUUCUGCCUAAAAGGACCUGAAUUGAUUCUGAUUUUGACAUCUAGUAAUGAUUCAAAUUUAUCUCUCCCUCUUAUAAUGAACAGAAAGUGGAAAAAUGGAAACAAAAGUUUAAAGCAAAACUUAUCAAUGGGGAAAGGGGGAAACCCUUACUGUCAAGAAGUAUUUAUCACCAAAUAUGCUUAUCUUUUCAUAAGAAUGGUCACUUUGGCAUUCAGAGUACUGUGGACUCUGUUACAAAGGUAUGGAUAGCCCCUAUUAUAACCACUAUUGUCAAGAGCCAUCAAAGACCAUGCUGUUUGACAUAGUCACCCACUGAAACCACUCUAAGUGACUUUCCUUAUUAACAUCACCUUAUUAUUGGAAUUGCUAUGACUAUUAUUCUUACUUAGCCCCAGGAAAAAUAGAUGAGAGCAACAUGCUUGCAGGGUUAACCCAGAUGUCCUCUACCCUCCCCCCCCCAACCCCCAUAAUAUUACCAGGAGAUCCCAUCUACAAAAUUAAACCUAAGGAUUCUUAUGUACCCACUUAUAUAGGACCCUCCUUUCUAGCCAUAAAAACUUCUGGCAAAUCUGUGUCAUGUUUAUUCUACCCUCUAACCCUGCACUUGGCAAGAAUGUUUUGUUGACUAUAUCCUUAGGCUUCGUGUCUGUUUUUAGGUUCUAUGGAAACAUGUAUAUUGAGAAUAAAAUUGUGUGCGAAAGAGAUGUGUGAUCAUGAGGGUAUAAAAUAAAGCUAAGCCUCAGCCAAGGCAGAGCAGUUGAUCCUGUGAAACCUGUGCUGCAGGUUGAAUACGAAAGCUGUCUCCCAUUCAUCAUUAUUUUGCCUAAGUUACCACACUUAUCAGGAGGAACCCUUGGCUUUGCAGUCUGGAGGUUGGCUUGUGAAACACCAUAGCUUUUAAAGUGUGUGCAACUUGUCCUACUCAACAUGCUUUUCAUAAAAAAAAACUUUUGGUGGGUGUAAAAGCACCCCCCCCAGGGGACAGGACUGGAACCAGUGUUCUCUAGGUGAGGAUGAGGAAAAAUGAGAAGAUACAAAGGUUGGAGUUAGAAGGUUUCCACCUUGCUGAUGGCAGGUGAAUGCAAGUUUAUUGCAAGCUCCUAACAACUUUUAAAGGUAAAGAUCUCCGAAAAUGAAAGAAUUCCUCCGAGAAAAAGUCUUUGGGAAAGUGCAACAAGGAUGGUAGAUAUGACACCUGGUGCAGGAUAAGGAUUCCAGGAAAUUAGGGUAGGAUAAUGGUUCCAAGAAAUGCAAAUAGGUAUUUGGGGUAAGAUAAUGAUUCAAGCACCAUCUGGGGUUUAUGGAACAGUCAGCAACAUGUCUUUGCCAGCAAAAGCAUGUAUUACUAUGAGAAGCCUAAAGAAGGGGAGGGAGAGGGCUCGUUCUCAGACAGACUCUGAGUUAUCAACCUCUUGAUGGAGGAUACUUAGAUCUUUACAUCUUAGAUGGGAUCCAAGUUAUCAAACUCUGAUAGGUGAGCAUCCUCUGGCUUACACACAUUUUGAGCAUUUACAAAUUGACUUUAUUACCAUGCCUAAGGCCAGACAUUAUACAUUUUGUCUGAACACAGUAGUAUUUGUUGCUAAGAUGCUCUUAAGGGAGAUCAUCCCUUGCUUUGGCACAACAGCAUGAUUUGAUUCAGACAGGGGAACUAAUUUUACUGAUUCUAUUUUGUUUCAGGUUCAUUCUUGUUUGGGGAUCACUCCUCAAUUCCAUGCACCCUAUCACCCCAAGGUCUCAGGCCAUGAAUUAAUGGUAAUCUUGAAAAUAUUAUUUGAAAAUUGUGCACUGAGAUUUACUUGAGAUGGCCUUAGAUUCUCCCCUCCAGGGAAGAUCUACACAUUUUAACAUUUGAGAUGCUUUUUGGACAUUCCCCUGUACAGGCUAAAUCUUUUUCUCCUGCAUACACAUCAUUACUGGGGGGAGCAUUUGUAUUGCUCCUUAUAUUCAGGAUUUACAGGUCAAAUUGCAAGAACUCCAAGACUCUAGAGGAACUCAGCCUGCCUUUGAAUGUCUGUUUCAAGUACUGUUAGCCAUUCCAUAAGGUAUUGAAAUUGGAGAAAAGAGCUUUUAGAUUCAUUGCUCACAUGGGUACCUUCUAUUGACACCAAAUGAAUGUAUCUUGUCACAUUCAUUGUAUUUGCUUAUUGAUUUAAAAUUUAAUUUUGUUUUACGCUCACAUAUUAAUCUAAUCUAUCACAUUCCAUUAUACUCUAUCACUUAUAAUUAUUGUGUUUUGGCUCUUAGCUAUACAUUCUGUUAUAUUUUCUUUAUUUGUACUGUGAAGAUUGGAUUUAGCUCUCCACUGAUUGUUACAAUGAAGGUACUUAACUCUUCCUUUAUUGGGAAGAUUGAAUUGUAAUCCCCAGUCUAUUUUUAGAUUUUAAACCUCAAAAGUAUUAACUCAAUAUUUAAAGUAGAUCUACCAAUUUUAACGACAAAAGGUGCAAACAAACUACUAAAUGUGUGAACUAAAUACCAAAGGUGUGAUUUAACCACAAAAGGUGUGAUGUAACAAAAAAAGGUGUGAACACCCAUUUCAUACAUUGAGUGGGCAGUCCUGGAAAAGAACAUCUGCUGUGAUUGGUAGAUGUGAAAUUUAGGGGAGGUGACACAAGAGGAAAAUGUCUUUAAAUAGAGGAAAAAGAGGCAUAUGGAGGAAUGAAUAAUAAAUCGGAUGAGAGACUUCAAUCAGUAGCUUGAAGUCAGACUGGAAGACAGACACUCAGACUUGGAGUGAAGACACUUGGCUGUGGAACCUGACCCCUGGAGGAGCUCAUGGAGGAGAUCUCAGACUGCUUUCCUAUUAGAGGAUCACCAAGGUGAGUGAAAGGCUGACUUAGUUUCCCUGCCUUUCUGGAGGCGUGAACCUCUGAGAAAGGCCCAUCAUCUUGAGACUCCUUUCCCUGAUUAGGGCCUUAAAAUUUCUACCUGGCUCUGAGAAAGCAGAGCUCUCUCUUUUUUCCUUCAUCUUAUUCCUUAAUAUCUUCCCUCUAUUGUAAAUAAACUACCAUAAAUUACAAUUUUACGUUAGUAAUUCAUUUUGGGAUUUAGAAAAUAAAUCCCUGGCAACCACCAAUUAAUAUAUUAAGUCCAAACAUAAACAUUUUAACCAUACCCUCCCCUUUUGAUUGGACUGGGGAUGAUAUUAUAAAAGUCCAUAGACAAGUUGGACAUACUUUUCCUUGGCAAAUCCAUUGGUCCUUAUGGAUGCUGGCUUUGUCACCAGACCCACUGAAGAGUUGUUUUGUCCUGGGCAACAAUUCCAACCCUCAGUAAUUUGACAUUAUCACAGCUUGCUACACAAGGAGGUCACGUGUUGCCCAAAAGGCCUUUUGCUCCUUUUUACCUUUGUUAAUUGUCAUAUAGGUGAUGAUGGUGUGGUAGAGGCUGGAGAGAGAGAGAGAACUUGCAAACCAAGAUGCAAAAAAUGGAGAACUAUCUGUCAAUCAAAAGAAGGAGUUUCCAAAGCAGAAUGUUCCCAGGAGUUGGCAGUUGAGCUGACAGGGGGAGGGGACUUGGAGUCACUCUCUCUCUGGAGGUGAAAACCUGGCUGAAAGACCCUGGUGGGGCUUUGAACUUUGUUUCUCUAUGGGGUUAAAGCUGAGAAAGGAGACAAGCCAGGACGAGAAGGUUGGAACUUUGUUUCUCUCUGGGGUUAAGCUGAGAGACCUUGCUGAUUUUUUAAGAAGAUUUUGAAAAGUUGUUGUCCUCUAUGUCCCUAACUGUCUUAGAUUCACAGUUUGUGACUGGGCUACUUUCUCAAACCCUCCUAAAAUUAUCCUUGUAGUUUAGUCAUCCCUCUUACCUCAGUUUCCUAUCCUGUUAUGCCAGUAAACCCCUUGCCUUGAAAAAGGAAAAGAAAAGAGAAUCUUUAUAGUUCACUCAGGGGGGAGGGAAGAAUUGGGAGGCGAGGGUGGCAGGAAGAAGAGGGUUGGAGAAGGGAGAGAGUGAAAGGGAGGAGGAGAUUAGCAAGAUAUACUGCUCCAUCAGCCAUCAGUAGGGAUUAGUAGGCAAACCCCAGAGUAAACCCUUGAGCAGUUCCCUUGUGUAACCAUUCCCCUGUGUAUCAGCAUCCCUGUGUGGCAACAUCCCUCAGCAUUUCUCAUUCCUACCUCCAUUACAAAUAAGUAGCCUCUGAUUCCCUUAGCAGCAUUCUCUAGUCACCAGCCAGAGAACAGCAGUCAUUGCAAGGAGAAGCAGUUUCCCAUCAGUUUACUUUCUCUAUUUCAAUAAGUAAUAAUUUCCUUCAGUUUACUUUCUCUAUUUCAAUGGAUAGACUCCAUCAAACUGGUUACAACCUGUAUCAGUAACCUUUGGUGAAUUUAAGGAGCUAAAGAUCUCAAUUGAUUUUAAUGGGUCCUCAGAAGUGAUUUUCAGAUAUUUACUAGCAUCCCUACCUCCAACUGAUCAUUUGCCUGCCUCUGAGUUGUUUGUGACAAGAGGUAAGGUUCCAUUUGUACUUGAAAUGGAGCACAAUGGCACUUUGUAUUUCCCCAUCUCUGCAUUUAUUGAAAAUGUAAUGAAUGAGACAUUUUUUUUUCUUGGCUCCACAUUGAAAUGGGUGGGACAUAUUGGAGACAGUCCUUUUAUGCUGUUACAGUUGUAAGAAUUGAAUUAAUAUUUCUACCCAGAUACAUAGUUUAUAAAAGUUUGUUAGAAAGGGCAGAUAAUCAUCAUUUUAAAUCUCAUCAUUCCUCUUAAGUAACCUGACCAUAUGUUGCCUAGUCUGCCAGUCUCUUCUUCCUUUCCCCUUACCUUCCUGCCUGCUCUCUUUCCAUUUUCAAAAGCUCAAGCCCAAAGCCCUGGUCCAUCACUGACAUCUCACUUGUAUUGACAUACAAAAGGUACAUGGACACAAUAUCUGGUAUAACUGUGUUAUGCGAGGAAUGUUGACAGACAGAUCAAGCUGCUCAGGAGGGCGAGGGAAGGAAUUUCCUCGACACAUAGUCUCAUACUAGAGGGAGGGAGGUUUCCCAAGAGGCUUAGUUACCUCAUCCAGGAGAUGGGAAUGAUUUUUCCUGUGAAGCCUAGUAGCUUCAAAAUGGGUUUUUUAAAAAAAAUAUUUGUAACUCUUCAUCUUAUUUUACCCUUCCACCAGAAUAAUCUAGCUUCUUGGUGACAUUUUAGACCCAAAAGGUUUUCAUCAGCAGUACAGAAGUUUGUGUUUUUCUGGGCACUCUUGCCAAGUUUUUGAAUGAUAGCAGUAAUAGACUCUGUUAGAAAUAUUUUAACUGAUGUUGAAAGAUUGCCUAUAUUUGUAAAACUUGGGACAUAUAUCUGUGAGUUUCAAAGUUUUUAAAUAACACACAAGUGGCUAUAGAGACUCAUGUGAAUCCUCAUGAUAGUGGGUUUGUUUGCAGUUUUCCUAAAAUGGGCUCUUAUAAUUUUGGUGAUUUUGGUACUUCUUAGAAUCUGCAUUAUUUGCUGUACUACUGUUUUUUAAAAAAACUUCUACCUGGUAAAAAGUCAUGUACACUCACACUGUGGAUCAUGACCAAGUUAAAACAGAAAUAGAUCUCAUUUUUCAUUGAAAAAUGAAAAAUGUGUGCCUCUGCUUGGCUAACACAUUGUCAUAUGGAAUGUUAACUAUGAAACUGUGAUUUUUAAAUUAUUUUUUCUUCAUAUUUGCAACAGCAUAUUUGAAUUUUUCUUUUUUUCUUAUCCUUUGUAGUACCUGAAGUACAUGGAAUCAGUAUUAAUGUUUUUGACCUGAAGGAUAAAUUUACAGUAUCUAUUAGCUCUAAUAUCUAUGCAUAUCCUAAAGCUUUAGACUACGGAAAACUGUCACCAGCCCCCAACCCCAACUCACGCAGCGCAGUGCCCUCUGGGAAGGCGGAAGUGAAGCUCGCGCUCAGGCCACGCCUCCUCCUCCAUUUUCAAAGGUUUUCCCGCCUCUCCUCCUGGGGUGGCAUCUCUGUGUGUCUCUCCCUGUCUCUCUCUGUUUCUGUCUAUCUGUCUGUCUCUGUCUCUCUCCGUGUCUCUCCGACUCCGUCUGCCCCCACCCCAUCCCCAGCAGCCUCCAUCCUUUUGGUCGAAUUCCGCCCCCUGCAGGAACCCCAGCCAGUGACUCCGAGCUGGGCAGUGCAGGGCGAAGCCUGGGGCUGCCCUUCUGUUUAGGGCCUGGAAGCGGACCUGGAGGGGACAGGCUGGCCCGGCUCGAGGCCUCAGUUUACUGGCCUUUCGAAUGGGCCUGCGGCCACAGAGCUGGGCAGGACCGUUGGGAAGGAGGGCCACAGGGCAGAGCCAGAAGCCUGUCUGGGGCUGAGGGGGAGGAGGAGGAGGAGAGAGGAAGAAGCUGGCCCAAAGGGCUGCCGGAGGAGGCCCCGGCCAGCCGGCCCCUCCCGUGCCCUCUGGGCUGCUGCUUUCGGGCCUGGUGACGGGCCAGGCAAUGGCGGAAGGCAGCCAGUGUCUGAGGUGGCAUUUGAACUCGGCCCCCGGACCCAGGCUGGGCGCUCCAUCCAUGGAGCCAACCAGCUUCUUUUGCUGGGCUUUUCUUCACCUCAGUUUGCCCAGCUUUAAAAUGGGGAGAAGGGGGGGGCCGCUGGGUAGCUCAGUGGAUGGAGAGCCAGGUCUAGAGAUGGAAGGUCCUGGGUCCUGGGUUCAAAUGUGACCUCAGACACUACCCAGCUGUGUGACCCUGGGCAAGUCCCUUAACCCCCAUUGCCUAGCCCUGACCACUCUUCUGCCUGGGAGCCAGUGCAUAGUAGUGACUCCGAGACGGAAGGUGAGGAGCUAAAAAUAAAUUAAUUAAUUAAUUAAUAGAAUGGGGAGAGCCCUUUCCUGUCCAAGGUGCUGCCUGGCCAGCAUCCAGGUUCGGGCUCUCAGGGAGAUUCUCCAUGCCGGGGCCUGAAUCUGCGGGCAGCAGCGCCCUCUAGUGGCCGGUAGGCCUGGCCACCGCAGCGGGGCCUCUCCUAACUUCCUUCUAGCCUUCCUGGGCUCGGCAGCAGGGGGGGACUCUGAGGAGGAGCCUGAGGUCCGGGGGGGCCACCUCCCUGAAACUCUGGGCCUCCUCUAUCUCUGGAGGCCCCGCUGACUGGGAAGUCUUCCACAUCGGGGAGCGCCUCUUCCUGGCCGUGGCCAACAGUCACAGCUACGACAGCGACACUCGAACCCAGAACAACUCCUACGCCAUCAACUCCGUCAUCUACGAGCUCAACGUCACCGCCCAGAUGUUUGUCAAGUUCCAAGACAUCCCCACCUACAGCGCCCUCGACUGGGAGUUUUUCUCCGUGGGAGAAGACAACUUCCUGGUGGUUGCCAACUCCUUUGACGGGGAGUCCUUCUCAGUGAACAGCAUCAUCUACAGGAAGCCUGGAGUCCGAAAGAUGGCCUUUGAGUGGGACAGACUCCGAGCCCCGGAGGUGGUGACAUUCCAGGAUGUGGCUGUGGACUUCACGAGGGAGGAGUGGCGCCUCUUGUCGCCUCCCCAGAAGAAGCUGUACAAAGAAGUGAUGCUGGAGAAUGCCCAGAACCUGCUCUCUGUGGAAGGAGAGAUCAGACCAGAAAUGAAGGCAACUCCAACAGAGAUGAUCCCUUUAGUGGAAGAAACGGACCAGCAAAGACUCAUGAGUGAUAUUCCACAUAACACAGCUUGUAGAGAAUUCUGUGUUAAAUCUCAAAAUUCAUCCCAUAUGGGACAUCAAAAAAUGUACUCUGAGGAAAAGUCUGGUGAAUGGAAAUUUGGAAAGACAUUCAGAAUGAGACAGAAAUGUGAUAUAUCUCAGAGAAUCCACACGGGAGAGAAACUUUAUGAAUGUAAGCAUUGUGGAAAGACAUUCAGUAGGAGCUCCAGUCUGACUAUACAUCAGAGAAUACACACUGGGGAGAAACCGUAUAAAUGCAAUCAUUGUGGAAAGAUAUUCAGAUGUAGCACUAACCUUGCUCGACAUCAGAGAAUCCACACUGGGGAGAAACCUUAUGAAUGCAAGCAAUGUGGAAAGACAUUCAGCCAGAGUUUUAGUCUCGCUCAGCAUAAGAGAAUCCACACUGGAGAGAAACCUUUUGCAUGCAAAGAAUGUGGAAAGACAUUCAAUGAGAGAUCCAGGCUUGCUAUACAUCAGAGGAUCCACACUGGGGAGAAACCUUAUGAAUGCAAGCAGUGUGGAAAGACAUUCACUGAGAACUCCAGUCUUGUUGUACAUCAGAGAAUCCACACUGGUGAGAAACCUUAUGAAUGCAAGCAAUGUGGAAAGACAUUCAGCCAGAGUUUUAGUCUUGCUCAGCAUAAGAGAAUUCACACUGGAGAAAAACCUUAUGAAUGCAAACAAUGUGGAAAGACAUUCAGUCAGAGAUCCCAUCAUGUUAAACAUCAGAGAAUUCACACUGGUGAGAAACCUUAUGAAUGCAAGAGAUGUGGAAAGACAUUCACUGAGAGAUUCCAUCAUGUUAAACACCAGGCAAUCCACAUUGGUGAGAAACCUUAUGAAUGCAAGCAAUGUGGAAAGACAUUCACUCAGAGAUCCAGUCUUGCUAUACAUCAGAGAAUCCACACUGGGGAGAAACCUUAUGAAUGUAAGCAUUGUGGAAAGACAUUCAGUCAGAGAUCCAGUCUGACUCUACAUCAGAGAAUACACACUGGGGAGAAACCGUAUAAAUGCAGUCAUUGUGGAAAAAUAUUCAGAUGCAGCUCUAACCUUGCUCGACAUCAGAGAAUUCACACUGGGGAGAAACCUUAUGAAUGCAAACAAUGUGGAAAGACAUUCAGACAGAGCUCUGAUCUUACUCAGCACCAGAGAAUCCACACUGGAGAGAAACCUUAUGAAUCCAAACAAUGUGAAAAGAUAUUCAAUGAGAGAUCCAGUCUUGCUAUACAUCAGAGGAUCCACACUGGGGAGAAACCUUAUGAAUGCAAGCAGUGUGGAAAGACAUUCACUGAGAACUCCAGUCUUGUUGUACAUCAGGGAAUCCACACUGGAGAGAAACCUUAUGAAUACAAGCAAUGUGGAAACACAUUCAGUCAGAGAUCCAGUCUUGCUAUACAUCAGAGAAUCCACAUUGGCGAGAAACUUUAUGAAUGUAAGCAUUGUGGCAAGACAUUCAGUCAGAGAUCCAGUCUGACUAUACAUCAGAGAAUACACACUGGGGAGAAACCGUAUAAAUGCAAUCAUUGUGGAAAGAUAUUCAGAUGCAGCACUAACCUCGCUCGACAUCAGAGAAUCCACACUGGGGAGAAACCUUAUGAAUGCAAGCAAUGUGGAAAGACAUUCAGACAGAGCUCUGAUCUUACUCAGCACCAGAGAAUCCACACUGGAGAGAAACCUUAUGAAUGCAAACAAUGUGGAAAGACAUUCAAUGAGAGAUCCAGGCUUGCUAUACAUCAGAGGAUCCACACUGGAGAGAAACCUUAUGAAUGCAAGCAGUGUGGAAAGACAUUCACUGAGAGCUCCAGUCUUGUUGUACAUCAGAGAAUCCACACUGGAGAGAAACCUUAUGAAUGCAAGCAAUGUGGAAAGACAUUCAGCCAGAGUUCUAGUCUUGCUCAGCAUAAGAGAAUUCACACUGGAGAAAAACCUUAUGAAUGCAAACAAUGUGGAAAGACAUUCAGUCAGAGAUCCCAUCAUGUUACACAUCAGAGAAUCCACACUGGUGAGAAACCUUAUGAAUGCAGUCAUUGUGGAAAGACAUUUGCCCGGAGCUCUACUCUUGCUCAGCAUAAGAGAAUUCACACUGGAGAGAAACCUUAUGAAUGCAAGCAAUGUGGAAAGACAUUCAGUCAGAGAUCCAGUCUUGCUAUACAUCAGAGAACCCACACUGGGGAGUAUCCUUAAAAAAGCAAACAAUGUGGAAAGACAUUCAGUCAGAGCUCCAAAUUUGCUGUACAUCAGAGAAUCCACACUGGGGAGAAACCUUAUGAAUGUGAUCAUUGUGGAAAGACAUUCAUCCAGAGCUCUAGUUUUGUUCAGCACAAGAGAAUUCACACUGGAGAGAGACCUUAUGAAUGCAAGCAAUGUGUAAAGACAUUCAGUCAGAGAUCCUAUCUUGUUAAACAUCAAAAAAUUCACACUGGGGAUAAAUCUUAUACAUGUAAGCAAUGUGGAAAGGCAUUUAGUCAGAGAUCUGAACUUGCUGUACAUCAGAAAAUCCGCACUGGGUACAAACCUUAUGAAUGCAAACAUUGUGGAAAGACAUUCACUCAGAGCUCUAGUGUUCUUCAACAUAAGAGAAAACACACCGGAGAGAAACCUUAUGAAUGCAAGCAGUGUGGGAAGACAUUCGUUCAGAGAUCUCAUCUUGUUAAACAUCAAAAAACCCACACUAGGGAUAAAUCUUAUACAUGCAAGCAAUGUGUAAAGACAUUCAGUCAGAGAUCAGAACUUGCUAUACAUCAGAGAAUCCACAUUGGGGAGAAGCUUUAUAAAUAAAAGCAGUUUUGAAAGACAUCCACACUAAUGCCCAGAGUUACUAUACAUCACUAAAUUCACUCUGGUGAGAAUUGUCUUGAGUGCAAUACAUGUGGAAAGCCAUUGACAUGGAGAUACACUCUUGCUCUACAUCAGAUAAAACCUCAGACUUUUACACAGAGCUCUUGUUCAAAAUCAGAAAAUUCAGUAGUAUGUCAUAAACUCUACUCAGAAUAGGUCCAAAUAGUAAUAUGCUUUACACCUAAAUUAUGAUGCCAUAAUCAAAUUAAGGGAGCAUAGAAUGGUUUACCUAUUAGUUCAAUUUGUUGAUAAGGGAAGAAAUUAUGAUUAAAUGAGAAAUAGAUAACAUGAGGUACAUCAUGGAUAAUUUUUGUUCUCUUCAUUUCAAAACUGUACAAACAAAACCUAUACAAGCAAAGUUAAAAGGGAAAACAAGGAGUUGUCAUUUGCUUUAAAAUAAGAUGCCCAGUUCUGUAAAGGGAACCCUCUCCCUGAAUCACACAUGGUGUCUUACCUGCAUCCCUCUGAUAUUAGUGACAUCUGGGUUAUGUGACUGAGUUUCAAUAGGAUGUGAUUGAGAGGGCCUGAAAGGGAGAGAGAAAAAAUGUUGAAGACAAGGAAGUAGGAGCUCUUUCUGGAAGAACUGAUAAAGAGGGUGGGAGAGGGAGCCAUGUGGAGAGCACCCACAUGUGUAAAAGUUUUUUCUCAUUAGUUCUCUAACUUUACCCAUCCAAAUAAAUUCUAAUAAAGUAUGGAAUUCAAGUACCAUAA